AUGAAAAGUCUUUUGAUAUUCUUAUGUUUGAUUGCUGUGAUUGCAGCAGAAAAAGGAAAAGAUGGCAGAAAAUCAAGAGGCGAAAUUCCUGGUUGUGAAAAUCCUCCAAAGACCGAAUUAUCCGAAUGCUGCAGCAACUUUCCAAAAUUCUUUAAUAAUGGUAUGAUGGAUAACAAAUGUAAGAAGACUUGCAGACCUAAGAAGAAGAACGAUCAUAAAUGCUGCAUGGUUGAAUGUUCAAUGGAAAAACUUGGAUUAGUAACUGACAACAACUUUGAUGCAUCAAAAGCUAAAGAAGUUCUUACGAAACAAUUGGGGAAUAAUGAAAUUUGGUCUAGCGAGGUUGUUGAAAACAUCAUAAAUGAAUGCGUAUCAAGUGCCCCUACGAUGGUUGAAGCUUUGCGUGAUAAUGUUUUUAAGAAAGGCAGUAAAUUCCCAAAAUGUUCAGACUCGACAACUCUCAACAUGGCUAUAGCUCAUUGCAUCCAUCGAGAAUUGUUCUUCCAAUGCCCUGGAUUGUCCACUUCUGCUGAAUGUAGUGCACUGGUAAGCUAUGGAAAAGGAUGUUCUAAGUUCCCCGCCUGUAAAAAACGAUCCGGUGGAAGAAAAUCACGUAAAGGCCGAAAAAGGAAUUAAAAGGAGAGACGAUCUAAGAAAGAAAAGUCGAAACAAUAAAUGAUGAAUUUUUUUUAGUUAUUUUUUUUGAGGAUUCAACAAAUAGAUUCUAUUUGAUCAAUAAAAAAUAACAAAAUAAAA